AUGAGCGCGCUGCUUGGCUGUAACGAAAUGAUGGGCGCCAUCCACGGACUUACGUAUGCACUCGACAACAUCAUUCUUGAAGUAUGCGGCACGAUCAGACACACAGAGCGUAACAAAACCAAAUCUCAUGAACAACGCAAGGAGGACAUAAGCGGUCUCGUGUGGCGUGGCGGCACUGCACUCAACGAGCUCCACAAAACCCGAUAA